AUGGAGGCUGUGGGCAAACUUCUGAGGCGUUGCAGUAAAACUGGGAGAAAAAAAAUUGAGAAUAGUCUGCAUCAAUGUGAUUCAAUUGGAAAGCCAGAGAGUGGGGCAAAAAGAGACGAAGAAGAUGUGGAUUCAAGAGUCAGAGGGAAUACUUUGGAAACUGCGGGUGGUAGUAAAGAUGCCAAGAGAAAGUUCUCUUGGGAAGAGAAAGUUGAUCGGGAAAGCUUUCAGUGCAGUUUUACGGAGACUAGGGAAGAACUGGAUGACUCAGAUUGGGAAGAUGGCCCAGUUCCCAUUUUAAAUUCUGUGGGCGAUCAUGAAGUGACUAUUGAAUUAAAUGAGACACCAGAUUCUACAAGAAGGAAACGUAUUCGUCGGGCUUCUGCCGAAGAUAAGGAAUUGGCUGAGCUUGUUCAUAAGGUUCAUUUACUUUGUUUACUUGCACGGGGAAGAUUGAUUGAUAGAGCUUGUGAUGAUGCUCUUAUUCAGAAGUACAAGUGUGAGCAGAUCAUUUUAUUCGGCUCUGACUUUGCUCUUGAAACCCAUGAAGGGACUCAAGAAGAGAUUGCUGCGUUGUCUGUGGCACUCUUUAGAGCUUUAAAUCUGACAACCCGGUUUGUGUCCAUUUUGGAUGUUGCCUCCUUAAAACCAGAUGCUGACAAGACUGAAUAUUCUAGUGAAGAUGCAAACAGAUCAAGUCGGGGAAUAUUCAGUACUUCAACUCCAAUGGUGGCUAGAAAACAGGAUGUCUCUGUGUCUCUUGGUAAAUCACCUUCAUGUAAUGAGAGAGACAAUGUCUGUGGAACUUCUCAGAUGGGUUCAUGCAGAAGUAAGGACUGCCACCCAACAAGUAACAACACUCAGCCCAAAGGUCCUUGUAAUGCUUAUGAGGUGAAUGAUAAAAUGCUAGAUACAUUAGCUUGUGGGGCACAUGAUGAUAUCUCAGAAGCAGUCCUUAAUAAGAAAUCACAGGGAUUAAAGAGGAGAGGGGAUCUUGAGUUUGAAAUGCAGUUGAAAAUGGCACUUUCUGCUACAGCAGUUCCAACUGCAGAUAGAGAAAUGGGUUCGGGUGUGAAUUACUUUAACGGUAAUGAAAACUUCUCUUACUCAAAAAGAAUGAAAAGAAUUGUUAGCGAAGAAUCACGAAACUCGUCCCAGAGUAUCUCUACUGCAGUUGGAUCGAGAAAAGUAGGUUCUCCUUUGUAUUGGGCAGAAGUAUACUGUGAGGGGGAAAACUUGACUGGAAAGUGGGUGCAUAUUGAUGCUAUUAAUGCAAUUAUUGAUGGAGAACAGAAUGUUGAAGCUCUAGCUGCAGCAUGCAAAACGUCUUUGCGAUAUGCUGUUGCUUUUGCUGGGAAUGGGGCUAAAGAUGUGACUCGCAGGUACUGUCUGAAGUGGUAUCAGAUAGCAUCCCAACGAGUCAAUUCAAUAUGGUGGGAUGCGAUAUUGGCACCAUUGAGAGAUUUCGAGGUGACAGCAACAAGUGGCAGUGUCCAUUUGGAGAAAGAACACACAGGAUCCUCAUCGGGACAUGAACAAGCUAAAUCCUUAAACAUCUCUGACAGAGCGGUGAUUGCUACCAGAAACUCUCUCGAGGAUAUGGAGUUGGAAACUAAGGCAUUAACUGAGCCUCUUCCAACUAAUCAGCAGGCCUAUAAAAACCAUCAACUAUAUGCUAUUGAAAAAUGGCUUAGCAAGGAUCAGGUACUUCAUCCGAAGGGCCCCAUUGUGGGUUUUUGUUCAGGUCAUCCAGUUUACCCUAGGACAUGUGUGCAAACAUUAAAGACAAGAGAAAGAUGGCUACGGGAGGGGCUGCAAGUUAAAAUCAAUGAGCAUCCUGUGAAGGAGUUGAAACGUUCUUCAAAAGUCCACAAAGUACAGGACCCUGAAUCUGAUAAUUAUGUUGGGGGUAAUUCAAAACGAACUCUCGAACUUUAUGGCAAGUGGCAACUUGAACCCUUGGAUCUGCCUCAUGCUGUUAAUGGGAUAGUGCCAAAGAAUGAUCACGGUAAUGUGGAAGUAUGGUCUGAGAAGUGCCUUCCGCCAGGGACUGUGCACUUGAGGUUGCCAAGGGUGUUUUAUGUUGCCAAGAGGCUGGAAAUUGAUUAUGCUCCAGCCAUGGUUGGUUUUGAAUUCAAAAAUGGUCAAUCAUAUCCUGUCUUUGAUGGUAUAGUAGUAUGUGCUGAGUUCAGGGAUGCAAUAGUGGAGGCAUAUGCAGAGGAAGAGGAAAGAAGAGAGGCUGUAGAAAAGAAAAGAAAUGAAAUGCAGGCUAUUUCACGGUGGUAUCAGCUUCUCUCUUCCAUUGUAACUCGGCAAAGGUUAGAAAACCUCUAUGGGGAUUCCUCCUCAUCUGUAGCAUCAGUUAGCACCAAAAGUGUGAACAGUAAGUUAGAUGUACAGGUUGAUGGUAGUCCAAAUGAUGAGCAAUCUCUUGCAUGCCAGCAAGAUGUGCAUGAAAAUAGGCCGGCUGGUCCAUCAGCUGCCAUGCCGGAAAACCAUGAGCAUGUAUUCUUGACAGAAAACCAGAGUUUUGAUGAGGACAACUUGGUGGUGACAAGGAGGUGUCAUUGUGGAUUCACGGUGCAAGUGGAAGAACUGUAG